AUGCUGCCCAUACUGUUCCUCAUGGGCGUUCUGCCCGCGCUCGCUGCAACAGUAACAUCAGAAUUUCACACGUCCAGCAAGCGAGGCCUGAUCUAUAUACCAAAGUCCGACUUCCCGGAGGAUGAUCAGAUAUGGAUCGAAAAGGGGUCUGAUUUGACAUGGUACUACAAUUACAAGAUGUACCCGAGCCCGGAAUAUGUCAAUCACACAUCGCUAGAGUUCAUACCCAUGCUUUGGGGUGCUCCCUCCAGUUUCAGCGAUACAACUUUUCUCGAAAACGUCACGGCUCAACUCUACGAGGGGAGAAAUAUCACCUAUGUCAUGGGCUUCAACGAGCCGGACAACACGGGUGACACUGGAGGCAGCGACGUAGAUCCGUCUGAUGCUGCAAAGUACUGGAAAAAGCAGAUGGAGCCUUUGCGAAAGCUGGGUAUCUCUCUCGGCGCUCCAGCUGUGACUGGUGGCUCCGCGGGCUUCACUUGGUUAGAAGACUUUGAGGAUGCAUGCGACGGCGGAUGCACCUUCGAUUUCAUCCCUAUUCAUUGGUACGGCAGCUUCGAUGGUUUGGCAAGCCAUAUUGCAGAUGUCCUGGCCAUUUACCCGGACAAGAAGAUAUGGGUGACUGAGUUUGCGUUGGAUAACUCCGGUCUCAACGAAACUCAGGAGUUCUUUCAAACCGCGGUUUCCUACUUGGAUGACAAUGAGUGA